CUUGAGUCUUUGAACGAGAAAAAACGUCCUUUCGGCUUCCGUCGAUGUCGCGUAAGCACUUGACGUCAGCAUAACAACAACCUGUCAUGAGAGCUCGUAUGGGGGAAAAAACAUCGAUUAAGAUUUGAUAUCAAAGCAUAUAAAAUCAGUUUCACCUGGAUGUAAGAUUCCUUCUAUAAGAUCCAGGAGGGCCAGGGCAUUCUUGAACCUGUCAGUUAGCCAGCCGAAGAGACGGGGAACAGGAUAGGGAAGCAGGGCGAGGCGGGCCCCGCGGAGCCGGUGGAGAAGAUGGCAGGCAGCCCGGAGAAGAGUUCCACCGCGCAGGAGCUGAAGGAGCAGGGGAACCGGCUGUUCCUCUGCCGCAAGUACCAGGAGGCUGCUACAUGCUACAGUAAAGCUAUUAACCGUAAUCCAUCUGUGGCAGUGUACUACACCAACAGGGCUCUCUGCCAUGUGAAGCUGCAGCAGCAUGACAAGGCUCUGGCAGAUUGUAAGCAUGCGCUGGAGCUGGACAGCCAGUCAGUCAAGGCCCACUUCUUCUUGGGCCAGUGUCACCUGGAGCUGGAGAACUACGAUGAGGCCAUCGGCAACUUGCAGAAAGCUUAUAACCUGGCAAAAGAACAGAGGCUGAAUUUUGGAGAUGACAUCCCCAGUGCCUUGCGCAUUGCCAAGAAGAAACGUUGGAACAGCAUUGAGGAGAAGCGCAUCAACCAAGAGAACGAGUUACACGCCUAUCUGACCAAACUCAUACUGGCUGAGAAGGAAAGAGAACUAGAAGAAUACAAAGAGAAACAGGACGACAAUCAAAAUGGAGGCGAUGCUGCCAAGAUUGCAUCAAAACAUGACAAGUAUCUAAUGGACAUGGAUGAACUUUUCUCUCAAGUGGAUGAGAAAAGAAAAAAGCGGGAGAUCCCAGAUUACCUGUGUGGGAAGAUCAGUUUUGAGCUGAUGAGGGAGCCCUGCAUCACACCCAGUGGAAUCACAUAUGAUCGCAAGGACAUUGAAGAGCACCUACAGCGAGUGGGUCAUUUUGACCCGGUCACCAGGAGUCCCUUGACCCAGGACCAGCUGAUCCCAAACCUGGCCAUGAAGGAGGUGAUCGAUGCCUUUAUCCAGGAGAAUGGCUGGGUGGAGGACUACUGAAGGGACCCCCAGCUCCCAUCUCUCCAUCAUACCCCAAUACUCAACACAAAGCCUGGACAACACGAGACUGUAGAGAACAGAUCACCCCUUGCCUGGAUAUGUACUUUACACAAGCAGGAAAGGCCACACUAUAGACUACCAAAUGGGAGCCAUGUGUCUCGAUCUGCCUCUUUCUCCCCUCAUUUUAUCUUUGCUGUAAAACUUCCUGCUCCAAACUUCUGAGGCUCGGCGUUCAAGGCCUGCUGCUCCCUUUAAAACCCCCUCCAUUCUGCUCUUUCCAUACUUUUUCUUCCUCUUCCUUUCUGUCAUGCUGCUUUUAGUCUUUCAAGCCUGACUCCUUUCUUUACUCAAAAUAAGGGGCCGUGUUCUCAGGUCUCUCUCUUGCUUCCUCCUUACUCUCUCUCUUUCUCUGAGUGCCACAAUCCUUAGAAAGCAUCAACAUUGCACUCCAGUGUUUCACAGAAACCACUGAUAUAAAACAAAUUACACAUGGUGGUUGAAUUAAUUAAGACAUUGGCCUUUUCUUUGGCAUUUACUCCAGUAUUUCUUAGUCUAUUUUUCUUUUUUUCAUUAAAAAGGAGCGUUUGCCCACUUCUUAAUGUACAUUUGCUGAAGUGAUACUUAAAAUGCCAAAAAAUCUAUUCCCAACAAGGAUGACUAGUUUGUAUGCAAGUUUUACAUAAUGAAAAUUGAAAAAUAGUGGUGGGGUACCAAGUCCCUUCUCCAUCUCCAGGUGGCGCUCCAAACAUGCCCACCCAUGUCAACAUACUGUAAGUUUUUGAGUAGAUGUUAGUGGGGUUUUUUUCUUUGCAUAUCAAUUACAUCUAUUACAAACAAUUUAAAUAAGUUGAAUAUAUGCAUAAUGUACUCUUUAGUUUCAGGCUUGACCUACUGUAAUUCAAAAUAUUUUUUAUCAGGACAAUACAAGGUUUUCAUGAAACGCAGCCUUGAACUGGAUACAAAAAAUGAAUGGAAAAGCUUCAUACAAAAAAUUUUUUCACAUUGCUGGAUAUUAAUUGACAAUGUUUGAAUUUUGAUAGAUGACAUCAGCUCUUCGGAUUGAUGCUCAAACCUGCUUUGAAGAAAUGUCUGUGCUGUCUGUGUCGUUCAUAGAAACAAAAAUGUGCUUGGACAUUGUGUUUGGCUCGUGCUGUUUGCCUGGAAUGAUGGUGGACACUCACAUCAAGCAUUAAGUGAAUUUUCUUUUCCUUUGCAAAGGCAAGAAGAUGGUUGUCAUUUUUCUCACCGUUUUGCUGUGAAUUUUACGCACCUUCUCACAGAGUCACAGUUAUGAAGAAAAUGGUUGCAGCAGCUUAUGUAAACCGAUCAUCAGUGUGAAACUAACUCAGAAGUUUAAGCUGAGUCUUGUUACAGGGGUUUGAGGUUCACUAGCAUCACUGUACCAACCUCCUUUUGUGUUAGAAAUGCUGGAAGAGCUACGACCAUCUUAUCUCAUCCAUACCUCAGUCCAAGUUUUUGCGUGCUGGUUCACUGGCAUUCUCUGUAAAACACAUUUUCAGUUCAGCGCUAUUAGUUUACAUGCUUUUCAGCUGAAUGUGUGUCUGUGGUGAAUUAGGCCUCUUGGUGGUUCGUGUCCGGGGUGCAGGCAUUGUAAAUAAUUUGCUUGUGUAUCUCAGAUUUUAUUUCUUGACAAUAUUAGGUUUCUUUUUAUCUUGAGAAAUCCUAGAGCUUGAGAAUCUGUAUUAAAUGUAGAUAUGUUGAUAACAUAAAUGCUUGGUUCAGUUUUCAUUUGUCCCCAUUAAACCGUGAACUUUGAGUUUGUUUGUUGUGUGUUUGACACAAGAUUAUUAUUAUUAAAGAGAUACCAAGUAUGAUGACAACUGUA